UAUGCGCUGUUAUACACACAUUGUGUCAAACCUCUGAGAAGUAUGAAAGUGGAACUGAUUCGAGGUGGUGCCGUGUUUCACUGGGACCUAAAUAAUCAUGACAACACGUUGUUUAUUUCGGGAAGAGCGGGACUACGAUAAACCAGCGUCUUGUUGUUCGAAGCCGCCGGAAAAUACGUUUUAAACCCGAGCAAAAAUGUUUCUUUUUCCUGUAGUUAAACAUUGAAUACCUAUGUUAACCCCUUUCCGUCUUGUAGCAAAUGUGCAUGCAUAAUUCAUGUGUAAUAUGUCCUGACAAACCACAGGAUGUUGGUGGGCUACAGCAGCAGCUCGGAGGAGGAGAGCGAGGCGGUGGCGGCGGCAGCAACUGCGACCACAUGUUCAUCUCGAAAGUGGCAAGAGGAAGACGAUGCUAACAAUGGCAGCCCAGCGACAAAGAAACACAAAAUUGAGGAACCGGUUCCUAAAACGAGGCUGCCUCUUCCUGGUUGCCUGUUGGCCAUGUUUCCAGAUGAAGUGGCCUCACAGGCUGAAGACAGCUCUCUUCAUGGCGGACGCGUGCGCUCUUUUAAACACGAGAGAGGCAACUGGGCUACCUAUGUUUAUUUGCCAUACCAUCCUGAGGAGGAGUUCCGGGAGUUGUUGGAGGAGCUGCUCUCACUAGCCGGGGACCACGGUGUGGUUUUGACCCCGCAGGAGGAGUUUCACCUCAGCUUGUCUAAGACGGUGGUGCUCAGACACCACUGGAUCCAAACCUUCACCCAGAGCCUCAAGGCAGGCCUGGUGCACUGCAAGAGGUUUGUGUGCUCAGCAGGGACAUUGAGGGUCUACUGUAACGCUGAGAGGACGAGGACGUUUCUGGGGAUGGAAGUGUGUACUGGGCAUGCUCAGUUGUUGGACUUGAGCCAAGUCCUGGACAGAACAAUGACCGAGUUUCACCUGGACACUUUCUAUAAGGAUCCAUCUUUCCACGUGAGUCUGGCCUGGUGUGUUGGAGACGUGACCGGACAGAUGAAGGACUGCAUUCAGGAGAUGCAGAGACUAAUUGAUGACCACGAAGAAGGACCAUUUCUGCUGAGGUUGGACUGUGUGGAGUUGCGCUGCAGGACAGGAAACAAGACCUUCCGCUUCCCUCUGGAGACCUAAAAUUGGACAUUUGUAUAACUUGACCACUCGCCCUUUACAGCUGUGAUCCUCUGAGCCACCUAAAUGAGCUGGAAACGUACCAAUUUAGUGGUGCAACGAUGAUAUGUUGUAUUCCAUUAAUAACUGCUGGCAGAUAUGUAGCAUGUCACAACAAAGAUAGUCUAUAUCCACGACAAUCCACUCGGGAUAGCUCCUGUCCCACAGGAAAUUCCGCAGUAUGCAUUUCUUUUUGUCCGCUUCCUUCCGCUUUCCUUGUGUUGGAAUUUUAAACUUCAGUGGAUUCAUGAAGAUUCUGGUUAACUGCUCCUCAGAUCUCUGCAGGGUAAAUUCAGACAGCUAGCAAGACUAUCUGUCCUGAGUUUCUGUUUCACGACUAAAAUAACUUUUGAACGUGCACGUUCCACCAAAACAAGUUCCUUCCCGAGGCUAUUUUACAGCGACACCGUGGCUGCUUAGCACCGCCCAAGACCAUUGUGAUUGGUUUGAAGAAUUGCCAAUAAACCAGAGCAUGUUUUUAAUCCAUCCCGGAAUGCUGUGUGGACUAGCCAGACCCUAUUCCGGAGCGCCGUGGAGGAAGGUCUAGCAAAGUGAGACUACAACAAAGAUGAUCAAGGGUCAAUGGCAGUUUAUAUUGUAUUUUAAUGCUGUAUAAAAAAUAAAGUCGCUACUGGUUUUA